AUGAGCCCGAGAUGGGAUUUCAGAGUGCAUGAGGUUGCUCAAAGUAGUUUCAGCCAAGCUCAUCAUCUGUUUAGCUGUAUUUCUGAUCAAAAUCAGAAAAGAAGCAUUCAGGAAGUGAGCCUGAUUGCACGAGAUGCACUAAAUGAAUUCAGAAAUUUAGUUAGACUCCUUGAUGGAUCAGUGCAGUCAGAUGCUAAGAGGAUCAGGAAAGGUCCUUUGCCAAAUUCCCGUGACAUAAACCCAGUUGAAUUGAUGGAUAGUCCCAACUCGGUGACGAAAAGUUCUGACCACAACUUUUCUCAACCCAAUAGGCAGCUAUUCCAUCUUCAGAGUAUCCAGCCAACUACUUUGAUCCAUGCCAAUAGUUUCAACAUGUAUAGGGAAAAACAGAAGACUAAAGACAAUGUAGAUGUCAAAACUAAUUUGAUCAUGGGGUUGAACCUUUCUCCCUUACAGCUAAGCACAUCUUUUCUAAGUUUGGAUAGAAAUGGCAGGAUAAUUCAUCAUUCGUCAUCAGAAGUUCUGCCUUCUCAAGAUGAUUCCUCUGUAUUUUCCAAGAGCAGGAGUGGAGUGAAAAGUGAUGAGACCGGUAGUAAACGCCUAGCCUCAACUGGUGGAUGUCACUGUUCAAAGAGAAGGAAAUUGAGGAUCAAGAAAAUAAUUAAGGUCCCUGCUUUAAGUACUAAACUAUCUGACAUACCUCCUGAUGAUCACUCUUGGAGAAAAUAUGGACAGAAGCCAAUAAAAGGAUCUCCAAAUCCCAGGAGCUACUACAAAUGCAGCAGCAUAAGGGGAUGCCCAGCAAGAAAACACGUAGAAAGAAGCUUGGAGGAUCCUACCAUGUUAGUGGUGACUUAUGAAGGGGAACAUACUCACUCCAAACUUGCAUUUCAAUCUCCUAGUCCCAACAUGAUGCUUCAAAUUUAA